GCGGUAAUGUGGUUGUGACAAUUUUCUUCAUGAUUUUGUGAAAAGUGACUCUGUGACUUUCUUCAUGACUUCCUUCUGAUCAGCGGACUUCUCAUGUUGUCAGUACUCACAUUUUCCUGAAACCAGCCAGCCCCAAGAAAAAAGGGGGACCAGCCUUUACCUGAGAACGAUGCCUCUUUUCUGGGUGCUGCUUUGGUUAGUGCUCCCACCACUGACUCUCCUCUCUCAUCCAGACGGAUGUAUCAUUCAUGACAGCGACACCUCACGCGACGUGUUAAUGGAGUUAUUACAGUGUCAUAAUGACUAUGAAUCGUACGUCUACUGCAAGUGGGGGGAGGGCCCACACAUACGUGCACCACUGCAGCUCUGGUUCCAUACGGAACGCAGCAGGGAGCGAUGUGAGAACUUUGGCGUCGAGGUCCGAAAUGCAGAUGGACACAGGACUGUCCAGUGUAGAUAUGAAACGCAUUCUUUUUCCAUUGGCAUCAAUCACACGGUCUUCUUUGUCGAGGACGACGCACUCUGCUCAUCUGCCCCACGCAAGCCCUUGAAGCUUUCUGAUCACGUGAGAGCACGCACACCUGUGGAUUUGUCAAAAUAUGACACCGGUGAUGGACAGCUGUGGAUCAAAUGGUCCAGCCCUUAUCCUGCAUCCUCAUCCCUGAACAAAAACCUCAUGUACCAAGUCGGCUACAAGGCAGAAAGACAGGACACGUGGACUUUCCGGGUGCACCCCGCCUCCUGCCCGAUGAUAGCUGGGAUAGGCUCCAGCGCUCCCGCGACCCUUAUUAUGAAUGUGACGAGCACAGAUGUCAAACUAGAGACACGACUGCUGCUUCCAGGUCACAGGUACGAGGCCAGGGUGAGGGGCUGGGCCGGUGUGGGCCAGUGGAGUCACUGGAGCCCCGUCGUGAUGUGGAGGACUAAAGAAGACAGCAGGCACUUUCCCAGCUUGUAUUGUGUGCUGGAUGGAGAGGACAAAGUCAUGUGUAGCUGGGAGGUGAGCAGAGCGCUGGAUCACGUAAUUACCUACCAGCUGGCCUGUCAACACAACCACACUGCACCGUCUGAGAGCUGCUGUGAGAACCAGACCGUCACCUUUGACCCCAGUAGGCCACUAGUACGAUACAGCUGCUGGCUGACUGUCGCGAGGCCUGCACAACUGCUGCUUAAACUUCAACCAACUCGCAAUGCAAAGACGUUCAGGGCCAAUAAGCACAUUCGUCCCAGGCCACCACAGCAGGUGAGAGUGGGAGAAAAAGGCAACAACUGGAUGGUGGAUUGGACUGAACCCAGCACAGCCUCCAAAAUCCGACUAUAUUAUCAAGUGCGCUAUUACAAGACACAAGAUAAGCAGGGGUCCUCUCUGCUGCUGAACAUUUCAGAAGGCUCCACAUCAGUGAGCAUCCUGGGGCCAUCCCUGAGCCCAUCCCAGCACCACCGGGUCCAAGUCAGAUCUGUAGUCAUCCCUGGACAGGGUUCACUUUAUGAAGGAAGCCCCUCCGAAUGGAGCGAGCCAGCGGACUGGACUUCACACGCAGCCACGUGGCCCCUCACCACCACGGUGUAUUUCUGCCUCAGUGCGACUGUAGCCAUAAUCUUCUUGAUACUGCUACUCUACUGCACCAUCUCAUCCUGUCAGAGGAAAAUAAUUAUUUGGGUGGGCACUGUUCCUUCUCCUGGCAAAAGCAAAACCUUGUCAGAGAUCAAGUCUGCCACCUCCUGGGCCUUGAUAGAGAACGAGAACACUUACAUGAGCAAAGUGGAGCAAUUGUACAGCUUGGCUACAUGCACAUCCCAAAGCUCCUCGCUGUGGCCAACUGAGGGUGCUGAAAAUAAAGAUUUGGAGCAGGACCGACAGGACUACAAGUCUAAUAGUUUGACCCUCCCUGCUGAGAAGUUUAAUGGCUGUGACCUUCCAAUGCACUUCAGCGGCCCAUAUAUCCUCUGUCAGUCAUUAGACUCCAAUUGCAUGUGUGAAGAGACAAAGGAGAACGAAGUAACAUCAUCAGAGGCUCCUUCCUCGGUGGUCGUCACACACAAUGUUGAAGGUUAUGUGUGCCUCCCCCGUGGCAGCGUCUCCACUUCCACAUCGAAUCUGCCGUCGCACUGGGAUGCCAAUGUAAACGCACAAAAGCGUGAGCAGAACCACCAGAGCGCAGAUAACCCAGUGCUGCUCGACAUCAGGCCCGACAGCAGUGACCCGCCUCCAGCAUACAGCUCAGAGUCCGCCUGGCCCACCAUAAUGGCCUCAGGGUACUGUCUUCUGCCACCUCCUUCUUAAGAGCACUUGAGCAAGAUGAAUUUUGACAGUUGCUUAUGGAAAGCUGUUUGAACAUGUAUUCAUUAUCCUUUCUAAUCUACGAGUGUGCGCUUUGUCCUCAGUAGUAACACAAUUCAGUGACUAGUAGACACACUACUAAUGGGCAUGUGUCAUGCACUAGUCACCCAUUGGUAGCCCCAAAAUGACCACUAAGAGCACCAAGGCAUUUUUCCCCUCACUAGUGCUAGAAGUACCAAAAUGCCCACAAGUAAGGUAUGUUUCACCUUUCUCGUACUAGUAGUAAUAGUGUGAAUGCCCACUAGUAGUACUAUCAAACCAAAAUGUCCACUAGUAGCACAAGUAAGAUGGUUUUGACCUUACUAGUGUGGGUCAAAAUUCCUACUCGUAAUACAAGUAUUCUUUUUUUGACAUACUACUGGUAAGUUCCUAUCUGCCUCCAAGUAGCUAACUACUAGUCGUUGCUUGUCCUGUCAGGGUUUGCCGCAUCGAGUCACUCACAUGAUUUGUUAUAGCCCAGUUUUGCCCAAUACUUAAGAGCCAAAGCAGCCUAUACCAUAAAUUGUGAUAUUUAUGACCAUACUAGUAGUACUAGUAAAGGCAAAUAUGCUCACUUGAUGAACAAUUGAAUACCAAAGUACUUGCAAGUAACUAAAGGAUAGUGAAUAAAUGCUCAAACAGUUUUUCAUGCUUGCUGCUUAGUUUUAUCAAAAAUAGCCAUAUCAUCACAUUAGAGUUUCACAUCUGACCAGUGGGGGGCAGUAGUUAGCUGAGACCAAAAAAUACUUUUUAUACAGUACAAAGUAGUUGCUGCACAAGUAUUCUUUUUACUAAAACAGGAUUAAACAGCAACUAUCAAUUCAAUGAGAUCCAAUGUAACAGCUGGGGGAACAUUAUUUUACACUCAAAAGUUUUUAAUUUAACCAUGCUUAUUAUUGCGUUUGUGGUAUUCAGUUGAGCUGCACUUUAACAUAUGGCGAAGUAUCAGUUUGGUUAGCCUAUUUAGCUACAUGAAAAGGGCAAAGUAUUAGAAACAUUGCACAUCUUUGACCGUCAAGAGAACUGUUAAUGCUGCCAAGCAAUUGUUUAUUCACUGUUUGUUACCAGGGUUAUACAAAAUGUGGUCUUUGUAAAGGCAGUUUUUCUGACAGCACUUAAUCUUAUUCUUUAUGCAGGUGUAACGAAUACUAUUGAAAGCACACAUUCUAAUCACAUGGACAUUUAAAAAAAACUGUUAUCCUAAUUGCUUCCAUUAAACAUAAAAAAUAAAAAAGCCAAAAA